UCAGCUCGCUUCGCUAAAGUUGUUACUGAGCCCCCAGCAUCUCCUCCCCACUAGGGUGGUGGAUGGAGCUCCGCUGCCAAGGGUAGGCUCUGUGCCCUGUGAUUUAACUCUGGGCUUCCUCAAGACGCGGUCUCCCAGUUCUGAGAUAUGAAGGUCGCAGUGUUGGAUCUGGGGUCCCUCUUCGCCAAAAUCUUCAAAGCAUCUGCCUCGGCUUCCUCUAGCAGCGCCUCCUCUGUGGCUGCUACCGGUCCGGCGGGCUCUAGCGUGGGCAGCGCAGGCAGCACCGCCAGUACCGUCCUCAGUGCUGCUCAGUCCGUCACCCUCUUCCCCACCGUGGCUCCCAAAUCCCCAACCGCCCCUAGGGUACCCUCUGUCCCCCUCCCUUCCCCAGCGACCCUCCAUCCUCCCCUUACCGCCUCCUAUCCCAGGGUUUCCUCCGUGAGAAAAGUAGCAGAAAUCGCUGGAGCCCCAUUCUCCUUGCCCAGUAGCCCCAGAGCAGCCAGACUUCAACCCCUUCCCCAGCCCCUGCCCCUGCCUCAUCCGUUGUCCCAAUCGCAGCCCUUGCUAUCAUCCCAAUCCCAGCCUUCCUCCCAGUCCCACGCUCAACCUCAACUUCAACCCCUCCCACAGCCCCCUUCCCGACCUCAUCUUCAGCUCUUGUCCCAUCCCCAGCCCCAGACGCAUCCCCUUCCGCAGCUUCCUUCUCAGCCUCAUCUACAGCCUCUGCCCCAGCCCCAGCCACAGUCACAGCCCCAAUUUCAGCUCCUCUCCCAAUCACAUCCUCCUUUUCUAUCCCAGUCCCUUCCUCUUCCCGUUCCCCAGCCUCCGCUCCAGCCCCUGUCCCAGCCCCAACCGCAGUUUCUCCCUCAGCUCCAACCCCAGCCGCAGCCUCUCCCCCUUCUCCACUCCCCUGUCCAGCCCCUGGCCCUGCGAGGCAGUGGUGGUGGCGGCAGCUGCAGCAACAACAGUGGGGCUAACUCCUCCGCUCUUCCUCUUCCUGCGGCCCUGUGGCGAUCGCCCCCAGGCCCCGGAGGGGUCGGAGCGGUCCUGCAACCCAUUACGGGCACUGGAGGUAGCAACGGCGGCUUAGCAGCGAGCCCGGCUCGCUCUCCGCGCCAGCCUGGCCUCGGAGAACGAGAGCCUGGUGCUUGGAUAGUGCCCGCCCAGGGCCCUAAGACUCUCUUGUUCACCCUCCCAGACAUCGGCGAGGAGUGGGGGACUGAUACUGAAUCAGAGGAUGAUGGUGGCAGUGAAACAAAAGGACUGGCUGAAGGGCCUGGACAGCAACAUCUUACUGUGAAGAGCAGGGACCCUCUUCCUGAGCAUUUCACCAAAAAUGUGCAGGAAGCCAUUCAUAAUUAUAACUGUGAAUCCGUUUCAUCUCUCUUGUCGAGUGGGAACACCACCCCUGCAGACUUGAAUAAUUCUUGGUCUGGAAUACAAAGCAUUACUACUGAAAGAAGUGCAUCUACUGAAAGAAGUGCGUCUACUGAACGAAGCGCGUCUACUGAACGAAGCUCAGUCUCCUCUUGGACAGAUGACGAUUUUGAUAAAGCCGCAACGAAAAAAGUUCAGCAGUUAUUCCGAGAGGUGGAUGAAAUGCUCUUUGAAGGGAAGAUCAGUCCUCACUGCCAGAAUCUGCAGGCAGAAUGUGAAGAGUGGACUAGAAGGUCGCUUCAUCUCAGGGUUCUAGGAAAACAGCUCAUGUUUCCAACAGACGAAGGUUUUCAACAUUUUCCAAGCCAUACUGCUAGUUCUGUCCACAUUAAAUCCUCACUUGAUCUCUGUGAAAGCAAUAACAAUCUCAAAGAGCUGUGCAUCUCAGGCUCUAAGCUUGUCCCAGAAGAUUACACAAGAAUUUCUUCUGUUGUUUCUGACAUAGCUGCUUCAUUCCUAGAAGAAGAGAUCUAUGAUGUGGAUGGAGAAAUUGAAGAGUAUUUUGCUUUCGACAAAAAAGAACUUGAUGAUGAAAGUCUGGAACCCAAGAAAGCUGUUGUCGGUCGACAAAGGAAUAAACAUGGCAUCCCUCCUAUUUCCCCUGAGGACUGCAUCAAAGAUGCGGCAGCUGCUGAAGUGUUUGAUCAUGCUUGGAGAAAUGUGGUUGAAAUGUUGGAAGAGCUGGUUAGAAAAACAUGGGAAACUGCCCCUCAAGGAGGAAGUAAACAGAGAGAAAACUUGAAGACAGCUGGAAAUAAAUUGGCAAAACUACCAAGUUCCCAUAUUCCACCCAAUCCAUCGAGUGUUCCUCCUUCCAGAGGUUCUGAGACCCACAGCACAUCAUUGGGUUCUCAUAUGGGUCCGUCUCAGAGCCAUCGUUUUUCCGGUAGUUUUUACAAUGAUUUGAAUGGUGUGAUGACAAUCCAAGCAAAACCCCUUCAUCAGAGACAUAUGCACUUUGCAGACAGGACAGCGCAUGAUCAAGAUGACAAAUUGCCGGUUGUAGGUUCCAGUGUUCUCUCCUCAACUCGGCAUCGGUCGGGGCAAGUCUCAGAUUACAGUGUUCUCUCCUCGUCUCGGCCGCUACCUAUGUCUGCAAGGAAGACACCUGUCCAUAGGAGGCUGCCAUCUCUCUCUUCGGAACUGCAUCAAUCGAAAACCUCCAAUGUGCAUAGUGAUAAAGUUCUCAGGGGCACUAAGCUGCAAAUUGGCUCAGACUGCUUGUCUUCUCCAUCCGUGCCUCGAAACAGGCUACCACCCAUAAUUUCAGAGGCUGGUGAACAGAAUGUUGCUUCUCCUGGAUCCCGCCAAGCCUUUCGCAGAGGAAGAUAUUCUCAAAACAGAGUGUUAAGUGCUGUGCCUAGAAAUAUUGAGAGACCACCUCUCCGGGAAAGGACUGUUAUCUCUGAGCAAUUUUCAAGGCCUAAUACCACUCAGACCUUCAGGUCUGAUACUCCUCACAAAAGGUCGUUGACACCAGUGGAGUUUGUAAACCACACAUGGACAGGUCAGGGUUUCUUAACAGGUUCACAGCAUCUACCUAAAUCUUAUCAAAGAAAUACCUCAACUUCAAGAAGGAGAUUUCCAGUGGCUUCCUGAUCCAACUUGGCUGGUCAGUCACUGUACUCAGUGAAAUCUGCCAACUGUCAACUUACUCUUUAUUACUUGAGAAAUAACAGCAAGGUAUUAUGCUAUCUUGAUGUGUCCCUUUGUCUCCUGGUCCUGGAGACAGGACUCUUGGAGAAAACCAAUCAUAAUAAACAUGUCCAUUUUUAACUGGAA